AUGGCUCUUUCUACAUCUUGGAUAAAAAAAAACAUGUUCCCAACUUGUGAUGAGAAGAAGGGAUUGGAUACCAGCCCAAACAGGCGGCUGACGGAAGCGGAAGUCAGAGUGAAGAGAUCUUUGGAGAAACUUUCGAUUCCUGAGUGGUACCUGAAUAAUUCCUCCAAACCACCGAAGAUUCUGAUAAAUAAAAGUGCACUUGAGAAUCGCCCUGCACCCUGGAAGAAUAAUAGGAAGAAUUCCUCCAUGUCUGCGCUCACCACUAAAAAUUUCAAAGGAAGCAACAAAUCCGUCUUCUCCGACGCUCAGAGCUUCACAAACUUACACAAGCUCUACCGGCAGGUCCAAAAAACCCAAGACUUCACCUCAAAAUCCCCGGACAGCUCAAUGAUCGCCCAGAACGGCACCCUCGAGCGCAAGCACUCAAAACAGAAGAAGCGCCUGAACGCCAGCGGCACCUUCCCCCGGAUGUCGAUCUCCCGAAAGAUCCAGAACAUUAACAUCGUCCUGCCGCCCCCUCCGAAGCUGGACCUGAGCCUAGAAGCUCUCAACGAUUUGAAGUUCUCCCUACCGAACGAGGACCCCCCGUCAGAAUCCAAAAAGAUAAUGGUGACAGACCUGGACGACCCGGACCCCGAGUGCCUGCGCAUUCGUCGUCAGACGUACACCAAGCCGACAACUCCCAAGAAGCCGAGGAGCCCAGACUGCUCGAUCCCCUGCAGAACCCCCGACUUCAGGUCCUCGUUUCUGAUGAACUUCAAGGUCCGAACGUCGUCUACGCCCCAGGGGUCCCCCGUCUCCGUCUUCUCGACGUCAACAAUGGAAUCUCCGAUAUCCAGACCUAUUCGUCGUGAGUCUGUCUUCAACUUCUCGGACAUCAUCUCCUGCUCACCCCCGGUCAAACCCUUCCGUCAAGCCUCUCCAGAGCCUUACCACAAGUCCCUGUUCUUCCUUCCCCGAGUCGAAGCCCCCCCGCCCCCAGAGGUUAAGCCUCCGAUCCUCAAACCUCCCCGUAAAGACGCCCCCAAGCCCCCGAAGGAGUCCCCCCCAGCACCGGAACCAACAGCUCCCCGCAGACCAUCACCUCGACCGACAUCAUCACCCUCCAGCCUCCUCGAGAAGCUCCAGCUCUGCGACUCCUGCAGGGCCGACAACGUUCGCAUUCGCGUGAUCAUGGUGUCCCCAGCGCGAUCCCCCAGAACGUCUCCAUCAUUCCGCAGUCCCCUGUUGCCGAUCAGUGAGGACCAGAAGAUGACUGUGUCACGCAACAGCUCCAACGCCUCCUCCAACCUGGCGUUCAUCGUGUCGAAGAAGAAGUCGACAGCAAUGGAGAAGAUAAUCAAGAAGACACGGACGGGGGAGAUGUCCCUCAUUCAGGACAUCAUCGAGGAGCUCCAGGAGAAGUGCCGGUCCUCCCCCCAGCCGACGUACACGUCCCCGGGGUCCAGGAAGUUCGUGAGGAAGCUGGUGAGGGCUCUCGAAAGUACUGACACUGAUGAGGACGAGAAUGGGUACGUGAACUGCAAGAGUGAGACUGAGACCUGCAGCAGUGAGGGGGGCAGUGAUGCGGAUAUUAAAUCGGCGGCGUCGUCGACAUCUUUGAGCUUCAAGGAAUCUGACAGUGGGAGUGAGGGUGAGCCGAGGUCGCCGACCCUGUCGUCUGAGCCGGAUUACGACUGGAUGAUCAAUGCUAAGAAGGAGGAGAAACUCAAGGAGGAGGAGGAGGAUGAGGAGUCUGUCUUCUGGGUCCCAGUGAAGAAGUCGCUCCCCAGGACCAGCUCAAUGCUCAGUAUGAUAACGACCUCGGGAUCCGGGAGACAGUCCCCCUGCAUUAGCCCCAUUAGAGUACAGCACGGGGCCAGAACGUUCCAGUGGGGAAACUCCUGUGACAGCUGGGGGAAUACGUAUAGGCAGAGCAAGAGCCAGCUGCCCAAGAGACUCUUCAGGAUCGAUGAAUCUGGGGUGAUUGAUUCGGGAUAUUCUGACAAGUCGGAAAGAUCUUUCGUCACUGAUGCUGGAGCCUCCUGGUCGGAUUUCGAAUCGACUCAGAGCCCCAGUGACCUCGAAUCGUUCUCUGGGACCAUCUCCAGGCCGAACAAGGCAAUGGAGAGGGGAAAUGUUUUCAUUGGGCAUUCCAUAGUGGUUUAG